GUUGCGAAAAAAGUUUUACGCGACCGGACUCAUUAACAAAGCAUAUGAAGAGCCAGCACGUAGAUCCACGAAAGAAACGUAUCAUGGAAGAAGGUCAAAAAACGUAUAAAAAACGAAAAUUGUCAACGUCUCCGGAAGAUGAUGAUGAAUCAUAUACUUCUCAUAGUCUUCAAUCUAGUAGACAACCGCGUUUAAAUAAUAAUCAACACAACAUUUCAUCACGGCAGAGAUUGAAUUCUUCUCGUCAACCUUCUGAAAAACCAAGACAACAAUCAUCUUCACGUCAACAUUCUGAAAAUUCUUAUCCAAAUCGUAAUUACACAUCGGAUGAUGAUACUUCGGUAUCUGAAGUUUCAGAUGUAUCUUCAACUGAUGAUGAUAAAUCUUUUUACGAGAAGUAUCUUGUUUUAAAAGCUAAACAUAGAUAUAUUCGAAGAGAAAAUGAAUUGCUUUUAGAUGAAUACCAAUCUACCAAGAAGAAAUUGAAAAGACUAAGAACAGAAAAAGACAUUCUUUUAGACGCUGUUGUGGCUCAGGAUGGUGAUGGUUAA